AUGGCGUCGAACAACGACCACGACCACGACCACGAAAGCGAUGACAACAACAACACCACCCGGGCGGUUGCUUCGGGAGACGAGAACCAAGUGAACCAGGCGCCGCAGCUGGAGCGCAUCACGGUCCAGCCGAAAGGUUCGGCCGAUGCGCCCAGCACGCCGUCUUCGAGAGGCCAUGACAAUGGACUCGCCCACGGACCCGUCGAGAUGGUCGGAGCCGAUGUAUCCGAACAGCCGCCUCUCCAGACCACCGUUGCGGAAUUGGAACAAGAGAAGAAAUCCCGGUUCCGCUAUCUCAAGCGCCCUCAGUUCUGGAUCGUCCUCUUGCUCUCCCAGGCACUCGCCAUCACCAACACGGGCACCAGCACUCUGACCACUUUCCUCAGCGACGAGGGCACCUCCAUCCCCGCUUUCCAGUCCCUGUUCAACUACAUCCUCCUCAAUCUCAUCUACACCUCCUUCACCAUCCACAAAUAUGGCUUCAAGGGCUGGCUCCGACUCCUGUACCGCGACGGAUGGCGGUAUUUCAUCCUGGCCUUCUGCGAUGUCGAGGGAAACUACUUCACCGUCCUCGCCUACCGCUACACCACCAUCCUCUCCGCCCAACUCAUCAAUUUCUGGGCCAUUGCCGUCGUCGUCAUCAUCUCCCUCAUCUUCCUCCGCGUCCGCUACCACAUCUUCCAGUACGCCGGGAUCCUCAUCGCCUGCGGCGGCCUCGGCAUGCUGGUCGCCUCCGACCACAUCACCGGCGCCAACAGCGGCCCCGCCACGGACGCCGUCAAGGGCGAUCUCUUCUGCCUGCUCGGCGCCACCUUCUACGGCCUCUCCAACGUCGCCGAGGAAUUCCUCGCGAGCAAGCGGCCCCUCUACGAAGUCAUCGGCCAACUCGCCUGGUGGGGCAUGUUCAUCAACGGCGUGCAGGCCGGCAUCUUCGACCGCGCCGCCUUCCAAUCCGCCGUGUGGAAUUCCAAAGUCGCCGGCUACCUGACCGGCUACACCCUCCUGCUCACGUGGUUCUACUCCGCCGUGCCCGUCCUGCUCCGCAUGUCCUCCGCCGCCUUCCUCAACAUCGGCCUCCUGACGGGCAAUUUCUGGGGCGUCGUCAUCGGGAUCAAGGUCUUCCACUACACUAUCCAUUGGAUGUACCCGAUUGCGUUUGUGCUCAUCAUCGGCGGGCAUUUCGUCUACUACGGCACCGAGGGCGUUCUCGGGGAGGCGAAGAAGCCGUGGCUGGGCGAGAACCAGGAAGGCGGGAAUGAUGGGCUGGGCACUGCGAGGAGGCAGUUGGAGAAUCCCGCCGUGAUUGUUUAG